AUGGCUUCUGACGCAGCAUCCCAGGUCACUGUUGGGGCUCUCAGUGCCAUCUUUGAUGAAAGCAAACCCCAGGUCCGAGAACCGAUCGUCCAGUGUGUUCAAAUCAAGGCGUUGCCACCCCAGCCAAACCAUCCAGACCGAUACAGGGCUGUUUUCAGCGAUAUUGCGAAUUAUGUGCAAACAAUGCUUGCAACCCAAGCGAACCAUGUGGUGACAGAUGGUUCCCUAAAGAAGGGUUCAUUUGUACGACUGAAGUCAUUCCAAUCAAACUCUGUCAAGGGCAAGAAAAUUCUCAUCAUCUUGGACCUGGAAGUUUUGAAGGAACUGGGCGAGGCUGAUAAAAUUGGUGAACCUAAACCUCUCGAAGUCAAAGGGGAGGAAGAAGAAGCCAACCAGCCGACAACAAUUUCCAGUAAUGGAUUUUAUGGCUCCAAGAUGGAGGGAGCGCAGGCCCAGCCUGCCAGCCGGGCCCAACCGAUGCGACCUUCUGCGGCUGCCACUGCCCAUGCCACAAUUUAUCCCAUCGAGGCUAUCUCUCCGUAUUCCAACAAAUGGACAAUGAAAGCACGAUGCACUAGCAAGUCCAAUAUCAAGACAUGGCACAACAAGAAUGGCGAGGGCAAAUUGUUUAGUGUCAAUUUAUUGGACGACAGUGGUGAAAUCCGAGCUACGGGUUUCAACGAUCAGUGUGAUGCCCUUUAUGAACUCUUCCAGGAGGGAAGUGUUUACUAUAUCUCGAGUCCUUGUCGCGUUCAGAUUGCCAAGAAGCAAUUUACUAAUCUCAACAACGACUAUGAGCUUACAUUUGAAAGGGAUACCCUGGUCGAGAAGGCAGAUGAACAAAACGAUGUCCCUCAAAUUCGCUUCAACUUCACCACAGUUGCUGAUUUGCAGACUGUUGAAAAAGACACGACCACCGAUGUCAUUGGCGUGCUGAAGGAUGUUGGUGAGACAUCUCAGAUUGUGUCAAAGAGCACCGGCAAGCCAUACGACAAGCGCGAACUUACGCUGGUAGACAAUACUGGAUUUUCUGUUCGUUUGACUAUCUGGGGUGCAACAGCGAAAAGUUUUGGUGUGGCGCCAGAGUCAGUCAUCGCAUUCAAGGGAGUCAAGGUAUCGGACUUCGGUGGAAGGAGCCUGAGUCUUUUGAGCUCGGGCUCAAUGACUGUCGACCCUGACAUUGGCGAGGCUCAUCGGCUUCGAGGCUGGUAUGACGCUCAAGGCAGGUCGGAAAACUUCACAUCCCAUGCUUCAUUGUCCAAUGCAACAAAUUCAUCCACCAAGACCGACAAGUUCAAAACUGUUGCACAGGUUCGGGAAGAACAGCUGGGCAUGUCUGAACAGCCGGAUUACUUCUCCCUAAAAGCCACCGUGAUCUACAUCAAACAGGACUCUACAUGGUGCUAUCCUGCCUGUCUUUCUGAAAACUGCAACAAGAAGGUAACAGAGCUUGACCCUGGUCAGUGGCGCUGUGAAAUGUGCGACAAAACCCAUCCUAAGCCCGAGUAUCGUUUCAUUAUGCCUCUAAGCGUCAGCGAUCAUACUGGUCAACUUUGGCUCAGUUGCUUCGAUGACACCGGACGAAAGAUUAUGGGAACCACGGCAGAUGAAUUGAUGCAACUUCGUGAAGAUGAUCCUAUCGCCUACGGCGAAGUUUUCCAAAAUGCCAAUUGUCAGACAUGGAGCUUUAGAUGCCGAGCAAAGAUUGACAACUUCGGUGAACAGCAACGGUCUCAUCUUCCCAGGGAAUCAACUACUCUGAAGAAGCUUCUCGUCUUGCCGACAUCAUCAACUCCUACGGCAUUGAAUAAUUCUCGCAUCCUAGGACCUAUCAUGGGUAAACGCCACCAUGACUCAACGGAGCAGCGACCGUUGAAGAAGUCAAAGUCCGAGAAGCCCGCAAAAGCUACCGAAGACAAUGAAAAUGCAGACGAGAAAGCAACACAGAAAACUUCUUAUACUGAAGCUCCUGCACUUUCCAAGUUACCUCAAUCGGAGAUUGACACCUACAUGACCGAAAAGAUUAUCAAAAUCACUGAUCCUCUAGUCGAUGCGCCCAAGUUUCGUCCUCUCCUCUCUUUCGACUACUUGCCGCCAUGUGACACUGCACUGUAUUCUCAACUGAAGGCCUUCCCUGCACCAACACCAAUUCAGUCCACCACCUGGCCACUUUUGUUCGCUGGUCGGGAUGUGAUUGGCAUCGCAGAGACUGGAAGUGGCAAAACAUUGGGUUUUGGCCUGCCAUGUCUCAAGAAAUUGCUUGAAUCCAAACCAAGCAAGAAGCCCUGUCACCCGAGGGCGGUAAUUAUCUCGCCAACUCGAGAGCUUGCCAUGCAGAUCUAUGACCAGCUCAUUAAGUACGCCGGUUCUGAGAAGACCACGGUGACAUGCAUCUUCGGAGGUGUUGGCAAGGAUGAACAGCGUCACGCCCUUCAGAAGGCUGCCAUCGUUGUUGCCACGCCUGGUCGUUUAAAGGAUCUGCAAAACGAUGGGUCUGUAAACCUUAGCAAGGUCAAUUACCUCGUCUUGGACGAGGCAGAUCGCAUGCUUGACAAGGGUUUCGAGCAAGAUAUCAAGGAUAUUGUCCAGCCAAUGCCUGUCUCCAGAAGACAGACAGUCAUGUUUACAGCAACAUGGCCUCGGUCGAUUCAAAACCUUGCAGCAACAUUUAUGAAGGAUCCUGUGACUGUUACCAUUGGAGGAGACCCAUCCGCAGAUCCCCGUGCCAACCUAAGAAUCAAACAAGAUGUUGAGGUCGUUGAUCCUCGAGACAAAGAAGGUCGACUUAUUCAGCUACUCAGUCGGUCUCAAAAGGGCCAGUCGCCUGAGAAAGUUUUGGUGUUCUGUCUCUACAAGAAGGAGGCUAUGCGGAUCGAAAACCUUAUCAGAAACAAAGGGUUCAAAGUCGCUGGCAUUCAUGGUGAUCUGAACCAGACUGACAGAUUCCGCAACCUUGAGUCCUUUAAGAAGGGCACUGCUACUGUUCUUGUGGCUACCGAUGUGGCGGCACGUGGUCUUGAUAUUCCAGCCGUGAUGCUGGUCAUCAACGUCACAUUCCCUCUGACCGUUGAAGACUACGUGCACCGCAUUGGAAGAACUGGUCGUGCUGGAGCCAAAGGACAUGCUAUCACCAUGUUUACUGAAACUGACAAGGGACUGUCUGGCGGAUUGAUCAAUGUUCUCAAGGCUGCCAAGCAGGAGGUUCCAGAAGCUCUGUUGAAGUUUGGAACUACAGUCAAAAAGAAGCAGCACGACUCAUACGGCGCUUUCUACAAGGACAUUGGCACAGAUAAAGCGGCGACGAAGAUCACAUUUGACGAUUAG